AUGUAAGCAUCUCUGCAUCACCAUCUUUACAAAGCAAAGGGAAUAUUUCCUUACUGGGAAACAGGAGGCUUUUUUUUGACACUCAUGCGCUGGUGUGCCUCUUGGAAGAAAACGGGUUCACUACUCAGCAGUCGGAGGUCAUUGUGUCUGCAUUAGUGAAAAUUAUGAACACCAACCUGGAUAUGAUUUACAAGGACAUGGUCACCAAAGUACAGCAGGAAAUUUCACUUCAGCAAGUAAUGUCCCAUAUUGCUGGUGUGAAGAAGGACAUGAUUAUUUUGGAAAAAAGUGAAUUUUCAGCACUUCGUUCAGAAAAUGAGAAAAUAAAACUUGAACUCCAGCAGAUAAAGAAGCAAGUUGUGGAUGAAAUUACCAAAGUUCGUGCAGAUAACAAGUUAAACCUAAACCUAGAGAAAAGCAGAGUAAAAGAACUGUACUCACUUAAUGAAAGAAAACUACUUGAAAUGAGGACAGAAAUAGUGGAAUUGCACGCCCAACAAGAUCGAGCACUGACCCAAACAGACAGAAAAAUAGACACAGAAGUUGCAGAUCUGAAAACAAUGCUCGAAUCGCACAAACUUGAUAAUAUUAAGUACUUAGCAGGUUCAGUAUUUACAUGCCUUACUGUAGCCCUGGGAUUUUACCGUUUAUGGAUAUAA